AUGACAACUGUAGCAAAGAUCAAGCUUCUUCUCCUCUUAACCCUUCUCCUAGCAGGCACAGCACUCUCAGCACGGAAAACCAACCCAAAGAAGGUCCCCAAGAAUGCCGUCUUGCUUUCCAAGGUUUCUGCCAUCACCGUCCGCGCCGGCAAACAAACCACCUCCCGUCGAGUCUCCCCAGUGCCUCAAUUACAAUGCGUGGGACCCGCGAGAAUAUGCAAGCUAUACAAGAUCGAUGUCAUGAGAUGCACCAAUGAGGGUUCUGACUAUGAUGAAAGCAAUGUCCAGUGGAGCUGCAAAGCUUCCCUGCCUGAAGAAUUUAAGCUCGGAAGCACUGAAGUGACGUGUGAAGGCUACGAGAGCAGCGAAGACCCAUAUGUUCUUUCCGGCAGUUGUGGUGUUGAGUACAUGCUUCUGUUGACAGAAAAGGGAGAAGAAAAGUAUGGUUCUGGCAGCUUCUUUGACUUUCGUGGCUCUCGCGGCAGUGAGAACACGGGAGAGAAAUACGCAGGCUACUUAUUCAUGGCGUUGUUUGGUCUGGUCCUGUUUAUCAUCUUGCGCGGGCUCUUCAAUGCCUGGCGCAGUGAAACACCGCGAAGAAGACCGCGAGGAGGCGGUGGCUUUGGCGGCUUUGGCGGCGGUGGGGACGACAAUGAUCCUCCACCUCCGUAUGAUCCACGGCCUCCUCCACGACCAAAAAAGGCCACCUGGUUAUCGGGCUCAGGUUCGAGAUCGGGAAAUACAGGUGCUGGGUAUCAGAACCAGGGGUGGCGGCCCGGGUUCUGGACUGGUACCGCUGCUGGAGCUGCUGCAGGGUACUUAGCUGGGAGGGGUGCGCGUACACAGCCCGACCCGCCGCAAACCAGGCCGGCGACCGGUGGAUGGUUUGGAGGCGGUGGAGGAGGGGUUUAUGGCGCGGCACCCAGACCAGGGCCAUCGUCGUCCAGGACUACCAGUUCGUCGAGCUCGAGUUAUUCGAGCACGAGACAUGAAAGCACUGGGUUUGGAGGCACGAGCCGGCGGUAA